AUGAAGGUGAUAAUCUUACUUGUUCAGAUCGUGGCACUUUCAGCCGUCAAGUCAUGCUCAGUUCCUCCAGGAUUUACAGAAGAGAACGUGGCUUUACGUGGCAAGGCCACUCAAUCAGGGCUUCUACCAGGCUCUGAGGUAGUGUUCAGCCUGGCAGCCAAUGCCAUUGAUGGAAACCGAGAUCCUGAUUUCCACCAUGGGUCCUGUGCCCACACCUCAAUCGGCCACAACUCCUGGUGGAGGGUGGACCUGCUGAGGUCCUACUUAAUCACCUCUGUCACCAUCACCAACAGAGGAGACUGCUGUGGAGACAGGAUCAAUGGAACUCAGAUCCUCAUCGGUGACUCCCUGGAGAACAACGGCAUCAAUAAUGCACGGUGCAGCAAGAUUGAAACUAUGAGAGCAGGAGAGACUAAAACCUUUCCCUGUCCCGGGCUAAUGGUGGGACGCUAUGUGACGGUGCAUCUUCCAGGAAAGAACUACCUUCAUCUCUGUGAAGUGGAAGUGAAUGCUUUGCUUCCUCCUGCUAACUUUUGUGGCUGA